UGAUGGGUGUUCUGGCUCUGCCCCCUGUGAGGUGGCCUGCAGAUAAAAAGGAGGUGGAGGCGGUGUGAUCUGCUCUCCUGCACACAGAAUCUUUAUCUGAGGUUUCAGAAUGUACGGAAACAACCAAGGAAACCAGUACCCUCCUGGUCACCCGAACCAUCCUCAGCAGAUGCCGGGGGGAUACCCUCAUCCUCGGGGCUCUGUCCCACCACCAAACUACCCCCCUCAACACGGAGGCCAACACGGACCAGGACCGGGUUAUGGGCCAGGACCGGGUUAUGGGCCAGGACCGGGUUAUGAUCCAGGUUAUGGUCAGGGAACUGGAGCUGGUUGUGGACCUGGUUUUGGUCAAGGCCAAGGACAGGGCCAUGGCCAAUGCCACGGUCAGGGUCAUGGGCACGGACACGAACAUGGGCAUGGACAGGAACAUGGACACGAACAUGGACACGAACAUGGGCAUGGACACGAACAUGGGCAUGGACAUGGACCAUGUCCUGGAAAGGGCCAUGGCCAUAAACACAAGCAUGGUCACAAGCAUGGCAAGUGCCACAAGAAAGGAAAGGACUGUCACGGGUCCUCCAGCAGCUCCUGCAGCAGCGACUCGGACUAGAUGAAGGUUCCUGAUUGGAUGAGAAGCAAGACAAGCUGGAAACAUUCUCC